AUGCCUCUCACUCUCCAGGUCCCCGAUGAGUAUGGCUUUGUCCUCCUCGUCGCCGCCUCAACCUUCUUCAUCAACACAACCCACGUCCUCCUGACGAGCAAGUACCGCAAGGCCAGCGGCCUCGUCUACCCGGCCCCCUACGCCUCCAACGAGCAAGCUGACAAGGAUCCGAAGGCGUACCAGUUCAACUGCGCACAACGCGCUCACGCCAACUUCACCGAGAACCAGCCGUCAUUCCUAGGCGCUCUGUUGAUCUCCGGCCUCCGUUUCCCCGUCGCCAGCGCCGUUCUCGGUGCCGGCUGGACCCUCUCCCGCAUCCUCUACGCAUUCGGCUACACAAGCGGCGCUGGCCCGAAGGGCCGGACUCGUGGUUCCAUUGGCUCUUUCCUCUUCGACACUGCUCUCAAGUUCACUUCUACCUACACCGCUAUUGCCAUGAUCAUGGACUGGUAA